AGAAAAUGGAGUCACCGAAGGAAGAGAGAUUGCCUGUGGUUAAUAAGAGAUAUCAGAUUUUGAGGAAAUUGGGACAUGGGACUUUUAGUAAUGUUUAUGAAGCGAAAGAUUGAGUGAGGAAUAUGAAUGUUGCAUUGAAGAUUGAAAAGCCAGAAAGAAAAGAAAAAACCAGUAAUCGAGUUUUAAAUUUUGAAUUCAAAGUGAUGAAUGCUUUGCAAAACAAAACACACAUUCCGAGACUGUAUGGAGCCUCGGUUAAUAAACCCGACGAAGACGACUACAUAGCAAUGGAACUGCUCGGCCCAAAUUUGACCAAAGUUAAAUAGGAACUUCAAUGGAGAAUUCAGCAGGAGCCUAGCCACUAGAAUUCUGAUGCAGAUGCUGGAAAGUAUCCAACAAGUCCAUGACAGAGGAUUUAUCCACAGAGAUAUAAAGCCGUCUAACUUUGUGCUAGGAAAUGAUAACAGAAUCGUCCUUUCAGACUUUGGACUCGCUAAAGUUCAUAUAAACAAGGUUAAUGGAAGGAUUUACCCUCCAAGAAAAAGAGUUUAUUUCAGAGGGACAAUAUCUUUUGCCAGCCUUAACUCUCAUCUUGGAAAUGAGCUCUCUCGGAGAGAUGACCUAUGGAGCUGGUACUUCAUUCUGCUUGAUUAUUACGGAGAAUCUUUGAAAUGGAGAGAAGAUAAUCAGUACACGAUGUCUGAAGUUGCGAAAAUAAAGAAAAUAGCUUUAAGCUAUCCUCAUAAAUGCCUGUGGAGUCCUAAAACGAAUGACUUACCACAGAUUAGAGAAAUAUUUAAACUGAUCAGCGAUCUUAAAUACGACGAGAAGCCUCCUUAUAAUUAUAUAAACCAGCAAUUAUUGCUAAUCCUAGCUUAUGCUGAAUGCAAAACUUAUGAGGAUGUAUUCGGGAAAUUUUGAAGAAUACUUCAGAACCCCAAUAAUCCCCCAGAAGUAUUUUCAAAUGAAGAAUAUCUUGGAGAAAGUAAUAAUGAAACCUCUAAGCUACUAAGUGGGACGAAAGAGUAUGAAAAACAUUUCAGAAAUGCAUUGAGCUAUGACUCGGGCCAAAUUGAAAAUACUGCUGAGGAUAACAUAGAUACUGCUGAAAAUUCCUGAAGCAAUUUUGAUAAAUACAUGCCCAAAAUGAAGAAGUUUAUCAUUGAUAUAUGAUUUUAUCCUGAUCUAGAGCAAAUUUACAAGCAUCAAAAUGUGACCCCUCUGAGUUUGCAUUGAUCCUUGCAUACAUCGAGAAUAGACUCAUUUGAAGAUUUCUUCUUCAAAAACUUCUUGGAUAUCUACAUGGCAAGAAAUACUCAGAACAACCAAUCUUUGCAUAUUUCUGAAGGCAGUGAUACAGAUUGUAUCAUUUUCGACCAUGUAGAAGCUAUAGAUUAUGAAAGAAAGCCCAAAGAUAUUAACAAGCUCCAAAAAUCCAGAAAUAACAAGGCACUCCUUCCCGAUUCAUUAAUUCCAAAUAAUGUACAAAGAGCUUCAAGAUUUCGUGAUGAUUCAAAGCCGUGGCAGAUAUUGCCAGGAAUGAGAGACUCAUCUUCUCAUUUAUAUAAAUUAUCUGCUAAGACUAAUCCUUGUCCAAAUCUGUCCAUGAUAGAAGCGACGGAAGAGAAUGAUAUUGAAGACCAGAAAUCAUUACCUGUGCAAGAGAUAUCGAUGGAUAAGUUCAAGAUUGAAGAGGGAAUCGCCAAAGCUACCGAUCCAAUCACCAAAACAAAAAGGAAGUACACAAGAGCAGUAAGGAAAUUAGUGAUAUCAAGUAAGAGAAAUCCAUCAUAUGGAGUAUCGAACAAAAGAGAGCUGAAAAGAUUUUACAAAGAGCAGAAAAGAAUCUACAAAGACCAGAAAGAUGCCCAAGUGUUGAUAGAGCAGGGAUUAGUACCAAAUCACGUGGAGAAGAAAGAUAAUAGCGUCCAGGAACUUCCGGAAGAAAUGGGGAAAACUAUAAUUGAGCUUGAUGAUUAAGGUGGAAUAUUU